AUGGGGAAACAAGGAUCACCGAGAAGCCCUCGACCUGAAACGAGAGAUAAAGAAGAGAAGAGUGGGAGAAGAAGUUUGGAUUCUUUAACAGGAAAUGAUCUCUUGAUUGGUAGAAGAAUAUUUGGAAGUGAAGCAUCCAAGAAUCAAGGAUCUAAACAUGAUGAAAGCUGUGGCAGUAGCAACAAGCUCAGUUACUCUUGGAAGCAGCAACAUUCAUGGUUUCGUAGGAACUUCAAGUCGGUUCUUGUGAUGAUCUCGGUCACCGGUUUAAUAUUUUUUAUGGAUUCCGUUAUGGUUACCAUUUUUCAUUCGGAUAGGACCCCCGCGGUGCAGGACAUUUCAAGGUUGAGCAAUUUAACUGACCAUAAGAAUGGCGCUCAAGAGGCUUCACCGGUGCAAAUGUAUAGCCGUCUACUAAACUUAGCUUCAAGUUCUCUUGCAAAGAAUGUAUUCAAACCCGAUACACCGAAUUUCCGGGAGGAAAGAUCUUCAAAGUCAUCACAGUGGAAGCCUUGUGCUGAUAGUAACAAAACAUCUAUGGCAUUAGAGAGGUCUAGUGAAAUGAACAAUGGUCACAUUAUGGUUAGUGCAAACGGUGGACUUAAUCAGCAGCGCGUGGCUAUUUGUAAUGCUGUUGCGGUUGCUGCUCUACUUAACGCCACUCUAGUGCUUCCUAGAUUUCUUUACAGCAACGUUUGGAAAGAUCCUAGCCAAUUUGGUGAUAUAUACCAGGAGGAACGUUUCAUCCAGUAUCUGAAAGAUGAAGUGCAUAUAGUGAAGGAUCUUCCUCAACAUCUAAAGGCUAUUGAUAACAAGAAUCUCAGCUUGGUUACUGAUGCAGAGCUUGUAAAAGAGGCAAAGCCAGAUGAUUACAUCAAACAUGUUCUUCCUUUGUUAAAGAAGUAUGGAAUGGUUCAUCUUUUUGGAUAUGGGAAUCGCCUCGGUUUUGAUCCUUUGCCUUUUGAUGUUCAGAGAUUACGAUGUAAGUGCAACUUUCACGCGUUGAAGUUCGCUCCCAAGAUUCAAGAAGCCGGCUCUCUGCUAGUGAAACGGAUAAGAAGAUAUGAAACUUCGCGGAGUAAAUUGGAUGAAGCAUUGCUUGGUGAAUCCUUGGUGAAAUAUUCAGCUAGAGAAGAUCAAGAACCAUUGAAGUAUCUUGCUUUACAUCUAAGGUUUGAAGAGGACAUGGUUGCUUACUCUCUAUGUGAUUUUGGUGGAGGAGAAAUGGAACGCGAAGAGCUUCAAGCGUACCGAGAAAAUCAUUUCCCUCUUCUCCUCGAACGUUUGAAGGAAUCAAAGUCUGUCUCUCCAAAAGAGUUGAGGAAAACAGGAAGGUGUCCAUUAACACCAGAGGAAGCAACUCUAGUUCUUGCUGGUCUUGGAUUCAACAGAGGAACAUACAUAUACUUAGCUGGAUCUCAAAUCUAUGGAGGUUCUUCUCGUAUGCUUCCUUUAACAACUCUUUACCCCAAUCUUGUGACUAAAGAGACUCUCUUUACACCACAAGAACUUGCACCAUUCAAGAACUUCUCUUCUCAGCUAGCUGCCCUGGAUUUCAUAGCUUGUGCUGCUUCAGAUGUGUUUGCAAUGACUGAUUCCGGGAGUCAAUUAUCGUCCUUAGUCUCUGGAUUUAGAACAUACUAUGGGGACGGUCACGCGGCAACAUUGAGACCUAACAAGAAGAGGCUUGCAGCGAUCUUAUCAGAGAGUGAAACAAUAAAGUGGAAGACUUUUGAAAACCGUGUGAGGAAAAUGAUAGAGGAAAGUCGCAAAGUUCGUCUUAGGCCUUAUGGACGCAGUAUCUAUAGACAACCGAAAUGCCCAGAGUGUAUGUGUAAAUUUUGA